ACGGCCGGCGGUGCAGAGGAAACAAAAAAAAAAAAAAAAAAAAAAAAUUAAAGAAAGCAAAGCUUCCCCGAUCUGCUCCGAAUUCAAAAGUCGACGUUCCCUCCUUCUUCUGAAAUCUCUCUAAUUGAGGAAUUUGAUCAGCUCGAUCUGCUGUUUUGUUUGUGAGGUUGAGAUUGAGAUUUGUAACUGCUUACUGUUUCUCGAUGAGAUUUCGAUACUGAAUCUGAGUGCGAGAUCAUGAAUUUCUUUGUUGGAGCUUUCAAACCACCAUGCAAUAUUUCAAUUUCAUUUGCAGAUGGAAGAAGUCGAAAGCAGGCUCCAUUGAAGAAGGAAAAUGGUAAAACAGUUAUGGUCCCUCUCUUCCAGAGUCAAGAAAACAUUGUUGGAGAGGUUGUUAUAGAACCAGUACAAGGGAAGAAGGUUGAGCAUAAUGGUGUUAAGAUUGAGCUCCUCGGUCAAAUAGAGUUGUAUUUUGAUAGAGGCAACUUCUAUGAUUUUACGUCUCUCGUACGUGAACUUGACGUCCCUGGUGAACUGUACGAAAGAAAAACAUAUCCCUUUGAAUUUUCCACCGUCGAGAUGCCAUAUGAAUCAUAUAAUGGGGUCAAUGUAAGGCUUAGGUACAUAUUGAAAGUGACAAUCAGUAGAAACUUUGUCAGCAACAUUGUGGAGCAACAAGAUUUUGUUGUUUGUAACUAUUCUCCACCUCCAUCAAUCAAUAAUAGUAUUAAGGUAAGUUCAAUACUCGAAUCUUGAUGCACUUUGUCAACUGUCACAAAUUCUUGACAUGGUAUUUCUAUUUUGAAAACUGCCCUGAUAUUACCUUAUAUUUAUUUGUUUAUUAUGUCAAGGUCUUUUUUUAUGAAACUUACACAGUGUCAAUGUGGCUUGAAUUUGUCCUGUCUCUACCGUGCAAUUUAAUCCUGUGUUUGGCCUUUCUUUUGAGAAAGUAUCAGUCUUUUCAUCUGGGUCUUUAUAUAUCAUCAUUAUUCUUAUGGGGAGUGCGCACUGGGCUCAGUGUUGAUGUUUUCUGCCAGUAAUGCAAGAUUGCUAAACUGUCCUGUAACUAUAAUUGUUUCUGCAACUUCAAGUGAACAGAGCUUUUUGCUGAGCCUAAUUAGUACUAGGCUACUAGUUCAAGAUUGUUUUUUAAAUUUGCUGAACAAGCUUGGGCUUGAUUUUCAGUGCAUUUUUGAAGUUCAGUCAAUAAAUGAGCUGAGUUUGG